CGGCACUGAGUAGGGGGCUGGUGGCUGUCUGUUCGAUCCUGGGUUGGCAGGAAUGGGGGCGGGGGACGGAAAUAACGUGUAAAUAAGAAACUUCUGCUCUACGAGAUCCAAGUAGAGCCUGCAGAAUGCCCGUCAAGUACUGAGGAGGCCGCCUCAAUAACGUGUAAAGAGAAACUUGAGUUGGGUUCCCUCUGGGAAGCUUUGUAAAUCGAUGGCUAAAUCCGAGGGAGGCCCUCCUCUAGGAGCCCAUAGAGAGAAGUUUAAGUCCUAGGCUGUUCUUAGGAAAAUGUGUAAAUUGACUACAGUUGUGGCGUGAGGCGUGCCCCACGAGGUGGGCUUAAAUACUCAGAAAUCGGAGCGUCUCCCCAGAUAUUUGCAGGUAGCCACUGAGGCUUUGGGAGAUACCCGAAGGGAGUGUGAAACGAUGUCUAAAUACUGAGGAGAACCCCCCCAAAAAUGUAAAUUAGAUUGUUAAUUUUCGGGAGGUCACCCUAGGUGUCCAUCAGUAGACACUUAAAUAGAAUGACUUUUGUAAGUUUGGGGGAAAUCUCCCAAAGGAGCCUGGAAACGGCAUUGGAGGUACCCGCUUGCAUAUGGGUGGGCUUUUUUUUUUUUGAGACAGAGUCUCGCUCUGUCGCCAGGCACCACGCUGGAGUGCAGUGGCGCGAUCUCGGCUCACUGCAAACGCCACACCUGGCUUAGGUGGGCCCUUAAGUUCCAAGGAACUUCUCACAUUCAGAUACUGUGGAAGCCCCCAGAAUAAAAGGCACAGGGAGGGCAGGCACUCCUGGAAUGCCAUCACUUUGGAAGGCCGAGACCGGGCGGAUAACUUGAGGCCAGGAGUUGGAGACCAGCCUGGCCAAUAUGGCGAAAUCCCCCUCUACUGAAAAUGCAAAACUUAGCCGGGCCUGUGCCUGUAAUUCCAGCUACUUGGGAGGCUGAGGCAGGAGAAUUGCCUGAACCCGAGAGGCAGAGGCUGCAGUGAGACCGCGCCAUUGCACUUCCGCCUGGGCAACAGAGAAAAACUGUCUCAAAAGAAAACCCAAAAACGAAAAAAAGUGCGCACAGGGCGCUUGCUUUGCGCAGGAAGGGCAUCCUCAUAAGCCAGAAACUUCCGGGCUCGGCAGAAUCCCAGUUGAGGCAUGAAGACAGGCACUUAAGCACUGGGUGACCAUGUCUGAGUCUGGACACAGUCAGCCUGGACUCUAUGGAAUUGAGCGGCGGCGACGGUGGAAGGAGCCUGGCUCUGGUGGCCCCCAGAAUCUCUCUGGGCCUGGUGGUCGGGAGAGGGACUACAUUGCACCAUGGGAAAGAGAGAGACGGGAUGCCAGCGAAGAGACAAGCACUUCCGUCAUGCAGAAAACCCCCAUCAUCCUCUCAAAACCUCCAGCAGAGCGGUCAAAGCAGCCACCACCUCCAACAGCCCCUGCUGUCCCACCGGCUCCAGCCCCUCUGGAGAAGCCCAUCGUCCUCAUGAAGCCACGGGAAGAGGGGAAGGGGCCUGUGGCUGCGGCUGGUGCCUCUACCCCUGAAGGCACCGCCCCACCACCCCCUGCAGCCCCUGCGCCACCCAAGGGAGAGAAGGAAGGGCAGAGACCCACACAGCCUGUGUACCAGAUCCAGAACCGGGGCAUGGGCACUGCUGCACCAGCAGCCAUGGACCCUGUCGUGGGUCAGGCCAAACUACUGCCCCCAGAGCGCAUGAAGCACAGCAUCAAGUUGGUGGAUGACCAGAUGAAUUGGUGUGACAGUGCCAUUGAGUACCUCUUGGAUCAGACUGAUGUGUUGGUGGUUGGUGUCCUGGGCCUCCAGGGGACAGGCAAGUCCAUGGUCAUGUCAUUGCUGUCAGCCAACACUCCAGAGGAGGAUCAGAGGGCUUAUGUUUUCCGGGCUCAGAGCGCUGAAAUGAAGGAACGAGGUGGCAACCAGACCAGCGGCAUCGACUUCUUUAUUACCCAAGAGCGGAUUGUUUUCCUGGACACACAGCCCAUCCUGAGCCCUUCUAUCCUAGACCAUCUCAUCAAUAAUGACCGCAAGCUGCCUCCGGAGUACAACCUUCCCCACACUUACGUUGAGAUGCAGUCGCUCCAGAUUGCUGCCUUCCUUUUCACGGUCUGCCACGUGGUGAUUGUCGUCCAGGACUGGUUCACAGACCUCAGUCUCUACAGGUUCCUCCAGACAGCAGAGAUGGUGAAGCCCUCCACCCCAUCCCCCAGCCACGAGUCCAGCAGCUCAUCAGGCUCCGAUGAAGGCACCGAGUACUACCCCCACCUGGUCUUCUUACAGAACAAAGCUCGCCGAGAGGACUUCUGUCCCCGGAAGCUGCGGCAGAUGCACCUGAUGAUCGACCAGCUCAUGGCCCACUCCCACCUGCGUUACAAGGGUACUCUGUCCAUGUUACAAUGCAAUGUCUUCCCGGGGCUUCCACCUGACUUCCUGGACUCUGAGGUCAACUUGUUCCUGGUACCCUUUAUGGACAGUGAAGCAGAGAGUGAAAACCCACCGAGAGCAGGACCUGGUUCCAGCCCACUCUUCUCCCUGCUGCCUGGGUAUCGUGGCCACCCCAGUUUCCAGUCGUUGGUGAGCAAACUCCGGAGCCAAGUGAUGUCCAUGGCCCGGCCACAGCUGUCGCACACAAUCCUCACCGAGAAGAACUGGUUCCACUAUGCUGCCCGGAUCUGGGAUGGGGUGAAAAAGUCCUCUGCUUUGGCAGAGUAUAGCCGCCUGCUGGCCUGAGGCCAAGGAGAAGAAUGUCACGCAGGGGAGCUCCUGGGUCCCCAGUGGAUGGCGAGGGAGGACAAACGUCCAUCCCCUGCUGGGGUGGAGAGCGGCAGCAGGCCUGAUGGAUGAGGGAUCGUGGCUUCCUGGCCCAGAGACAUGAGGUGUCCAGGGCCAGGCACCCCACCCUCAGUUGGAGGCUGUUCAGGGGGUGACUGUGAGCGAUCCCACCCCCAACCUGAGAUGGGGCAGCCCAUCCUACCUCCUCCACAGGGACAAGCAGUGGGAGGAGUCUGAGAUGGAAGCCCAGGCUCCAUCUUGACCUCCUUUUUCAGGGACAGGAGCAACAGUCCCUCUUCCUGACUCUAUGCCUUUCCCUGUAAGGUGAGGCAGGGUCUGGAGAGCCCUUUAUUGGAGCAGAUCUGGUGGUUCAAAUAAACACAGUCAUGCAAGCCUG